GUACAGUGUCUCUGGCUUUGUUCCGAACUCUCAUUGGUCUGUUCUGUGAAGACGUCAUGCUUCAGCUCAUACUCAGGUAUCUGAUCCCGUGUACACACCUGUGUGUGAGAGAACGCCGCUCUCUGAAGGACAGAGACGCCUACUCUUCAUCAGCUGUUAAAUUCCUCUUCCUCACUCCCUCCUGGUGCCCCCUGCGCCUCGGAGCCGUACACACUCACACCCAACACAUCCACUGGGCCAUGGGGAAUGACGUUCCCAUGUCAGAGGGUGACAGUGUUGGUUACUCCAGGAUCUGCAGGACAGACCUCCUGAUGAAUGUCAACUAUCUCCAGUACCUCUGGGAUGCUAGAGUUGGGAUCGCUGCAUCGCUCCAGGCCUGUCUGGUCUGGUCUGGUCCCUAUGACGGGGAGAAGCCUGCAGCUCGAGAGGAGGAAGACGGGGAAGAAGAGAGAGAGCAAGAGAUAGAGGAGGAGAAGACGGAUCAAACCUUCAACUGGACUUCAUCUCCCAGCCCUCCCCUCACCUCCCCCCCUGUAACCAUGGGAAACCAACAUAGAGGGGGAGACGGAGGGAGGGGGAGUGUGGUCGAGUUGGAGUGGGAUGAUAGUUAUGAGUGGGAUGAUAGUGCCCUCCCCUCCUCCUCCCUCCCGCUCACCCCCCCAGUACAUAUUGAAACCCCUCAGCAUAUUCAGGAGAUGAGACGUUCGGCCAUAAUGUUGAUCCAAGGCUCCUACGUAGAGGAGUCGGACUUUCAGGACGAUGUGUUGGUCUAUAACCUCAUAGCACAGAAAGACGAGGUGGAAUACAAGCCUGACCGCAGGACUACUCCACAGACCAGGAAACCAGUUGUUAGUCAAACAACCUCGCUCGUUCACAGACAUGGAACGCUUAGACGAGAGAAGGAGAGGGUGAUCGUGGAAGAGGAGGUGAGAGAGGAAGAGGGGGUGAGAGAGGAAGAGGGGAUGAGAGAGAAAGAGGAGGUGAUCGUGGAAGAGGGGGGGGUGAGAGAGGAAGAGGGGGUGAGAGAGGAAGAGGGGGUGAUCGUGGAAGAGGGGCUGAUCGUGGAAGAGGGGGUGAGAGAGGAAGAGGGGGUGAGAGAGGAGAAGCGAUCACAACCACAGCUGCUCAGUAACGGUCUGAGCUGUGAGGACCACACAGUCAAUGAGGAGGUAGACGAUGACCGUAAACGCAAGUCGUCUGGACCGCAUUUGGACCACAACUGCAACAGGACGGUGACCACGACCGUGAAUCAGACGAAUGACCUGACAACAGCAGACCACCAGGAGAGAACCACCUCAGAGAACCACACGCACCCAGUCGAGAAACAGCAGGCCUGUAACAAAACCGAUGCUGAUCAUCCUGUGAGCCCGGUUACGACCUCGGCGGUGGAUGACAGCUUCCUGUCCCAGUAUCGGGAGCUCAUGCGCUCGCUGGGGGUGGAGCCUGAUGACGUCACCGAUGACAUCACAGAGUUCAGGAAGCGUGUGUUGGCUCUGGCCCAGGGAGGAGAGGAGGAGGAGGUGGACUUUAGCGUGUUCUCUACAGACUCCCCGGAACCGAAGGAUGCCGAUCUGGAACCGGAGAACAGUCCAGAACUGACGAGCAACAGCCAAGACAGAAAACAUGGGAUACCCUUCACUGGCCCGUUCAUUAGUGUUCUGCUGUCACGGUUGGAGAACCUGUUGGAGAACCCUAUUCCAGUCAACCUGCUAGUUACAGGGAUCCUGUCUCAGCUCGCCAAAUACCCCCAGCCUCUCCUCCGGGCGUUCCUACUGAACACACACACUGACCCACCGCCCAACGUACACACACUAUACCAGGUGCUGGUCUCUGUGCGUGUGCAGAUAGAGCAGUACGCAACGGACCAGACAGAGUUUCCUGCUACAGUCAGAGAAGCAUGGAGAUACCUACUGGCUAGAGACCAAGCACUGAAACUCAGAGAGCUCCUCGAGGACAGCCAUAGUGAUAACAGGAAGAGUGUUCUACCCAAUGGAACACAGCAUAUAACGCAGAACGUCCCCCCGUGUCCCAACAUUCCUCCGCAGGCCAGGAACAGAGUCUUCGCUACGGUUCUAUAUGCAGAGUUCUUAAAGGAGUUAGCUGCCAUCGCACAGGAACACUCUAUAGUACCUGACUCACUUCUAGAGGAGAUUAACACACCUGACUCACCUGUAGAGGAAUAGAUUAACACACCUGACUCACCUAUAGAGGAAUAGAUUAACACACCUGACUCACAUAUAGAGGAUAUUAACACACCGACUCACCUAUAGAGGAGGAGAUUAACACACCUGACUCACCUAUAGAGGAGGAGAUUAACACACCUGACUCACAUAUAGAGGAAUAGAUUAACACACCUGACUCACAUAUAGAGGAUAUUAACACACCGACACACAUAGAGGAGGAGAUUAACACACCUGACUCACCUAUAGAGGAGGAGAUUAACACACCUGACUCACCUAUAGAGGAAUAGAUUAACACACCUGACUCACAUAUAGAGGAGAUUGACAGACCUGACUCACCUAUAGAGGAGAUUAACACACCUGACUCACCUAUAGAGGAGAUUAACACACCUGACUCACCUAUAGAGGACUAGAUUAACACACCUGACUCACAUAUAGAGGAAUAGAUUAACACACCCGACUCACCUAUAGAAGAGAUUAGCACACCUGACUCACCUAUAGAGGAAUAGAUUAACACACCUGACUCACCUAUAGAGGACUAGAUUAACACACCUGACUCACAUAUAGAGGAAUAGAUUAACAGACCUGACUCACCUAUAGAGGAAUAGAUUAACACACCUGACUCACCUAUAGAGGAGAUUAACACACCUGACUCACCUAUAGAGGAAGAGAUUAACACACCUGACUCACAUAUAGAGGAGAUUAACACACCUGACUCACCUAUAGAGGAAUAGAUUAACACACCUGACUCACCCAUAGAGGACUAGAUUAACACACCUGAUUCUCAUAUAGAGGAGAUUAACGCACCUGACUCACCUAUAGAGGAGAUUAACACACCUGACUCACCUAUAGAGGACUAGAUUAACACACCUGACUCACAUAUAGAGGAGGAGAUUAACACACCUGACUCACCUAUAGAGGAGGAGAUUAACAC